AUGUCUCUACACUACUACCACCAAAGGCUCGCGUGGCGGCCCAUCUCAUAUCUUGAAGAGAAGGUCAAUCUUAUUCUUAGCGGCAAAGGUCCGCCCGACCAGAACAAACCUCAACAGCAAGAUAAUCAAGACUUAAGUUACUCAGCUUCUUCAGGUCCAUCCUCGAAUGAGUUCAGUGGCAAUUUGAAUGAGCCUUUCUUCGGACUUGGCUACGACGACACGAAAGCUACCCCCUCUCGAGUUUCCCGGGCAAUCGAACUCUAUUUCCAAUACUGCCAUCGACAACCGAUAUGGUGCUUCGAGCGAGAAGAAGUAAAGGACCCCAGUUAUCUCUCCGAAGAACUAGUCUGCAGCAUCAUAACAUUGACCUCACGAUUCUCCCAAGACCGUGAAGAGAUACAACAAUAUGGGGAUACCGCACGGACCCUGGUGAUGCUUCGUAUUGCGAAUGGAACUAUCGAGCUCGAAACGAUCGAAAGCUUGUGUCUUUUGUCCUAUUCCUCCUUUCUUGAUGGAGAUGGGCCACUUGGACGAUUUCAUCUAGGUCUCGCUCUCCAGCUCUGCCGCUCUGCAAUGCUGGACCUAAAUUCUACAUACGGCAUUCAGUGCCCAUCUGCUGAGCGAAAGAAGAGGCUCUUCUGGAGUCUUCAGUCGCUUGAGCAGACUUAUGGACAAAUAGGUGGGAUACUAAGUGUUCAGGCCGAGGUAUUACGCUCGUUUUAUCUUUCAACGGGUAGCGACGAGCUUCUUGAGAAGCCCGAGCACCAUCCUCCGCCCCUCCCCAAUGAUACGCUUGGCUGCACCAGUAUAUCUGACAUUGGAAUUUGGAAUCUCGCUCUCCAUUUUGGAUGGGUAUGGAAUCGAGUCAGAAGCUAUGUCUUUGACUGUGCACAAAGCAAGCUGACAGAGCCUUGGCGGCAUGACUCAAUGUACGCGAUGGUGCUUUCUGAUCUUACCGAGCUGGAAAAUAAAUUGUCCCUUUGUCACCGAUACGAUUCAGUCAAGUUUUACGAACGUCGCCCAGAUGAGCUACGAGGAAACAGAGACUACUGGGCCUCUUGGCUCAAACUGCAGUUUACCUACCACACUAUUCUGACAGUUUUGAACCACCCUUUCCUUUAUAUUGUUGCUUCUCAAUACAACCACAAGUUGACGAUUCCAAACACAUUUUGGCGACGAUCUUCGGAAGUGGUUAUGCUUCAUGCCACCUGGAUCGUCCGCAUGAUUGAUAUGGUCACCGACAAGAAAAUGCGAUUAAUCGAUCCUUUCUUUGGACAUGCUGCUGCAAUUGCUGCAACGGUGCAUCUUUAUUUCUGUUGUGCUGCCGAUCCAAGGUUAAAGUAUAAGUCCAAGACCGACUUUUCGAAAUGCAGGAGAUUCUUGAAAAGCUUCGUUCCAUUUUCUCCUGCAUGCGAAGCUCUGGUAUGUAGAUCUCCAGCCCGAAAGGAAGCCUUCCCACUGACAUUUUACACCAAGGACCGAACACUAGAUAAAAUGACACGCAUUGCCUCUGGCUCUGAGAAGGUGGACUUUGACUGGGAACCCUCAAAAAUCCAUCUCAGCAUUCCUCUUAUGUGGGACGUGCUACAAAUCAGCUGUUUACCGACAUCUGAUGAGAACCCAUCAGCUGGGCUGCUCCACCCCUCUCUGAUGCCUGUCAUUUUCGAACAAGACAAGGAAAAUUCAGCUUCCACCGUUGAAGUUAUUGUGGCUAUGUCUCCUGACAUUACAGUCAACACAACCGAUGGUGGCUCGGCCGCCCAUGUACCCCCUAAGAUGCCCCGGAUCGCUGUUUCAGCGCCCAAUUCCCCGACUGCCGCACUUGGUGAUAAACUCGUUGCCCCCGCUGACAGCUUGAUGGCUAACACUCCUUGGCUUUGGGCUGACCCUUCACAAUUUGUUGACAUGGAGACUCUCGGGUAUCCCGAGUCGGAAUCAACGUUCGGUAAUAUUGACGGAUUUUCCACAUGGUGGGACUUUGGAAACUUAUAA